GCGGAUCCACUUUGGCGGCCACGUGGAGUUCGUGCUACAAGAAAGCCCUUCAAGCGACGACAGAAUGCCGGAAUCCUGAGCUCACGUCUCGUCCACCAAGGUUUGAAGAAUUCUUUGCGCGCAGCUCGGGAAAUUUCUCGCGGAUAGAUCAAACUCACAUUCCAGGCGAGCACAGGAUUGUCACAAUUCGCAUGGGAACCGCGGCGCUGGAGCCGCCACUAGGGCAUCACCAGCAGCAGCAGCAGCAGCAAUCUCUUGUCCGCCCCCAGAGCUUGCAAAUCCCAGGAGCUGCCUCGAAGAUCCUGGUUCCGGAAGAAUUUCGAUGCCCUAUCUCCGGGGAGGCGAUGGCCGAUCCCGUGAUCGUCGCCUCGGGCCAGAGCUACGAGCGCGCCUGCAUCCAGGAGUGGCUGGCACAGGGCCGGAGCGAUUGCUUCAAGACCAAGGCAAAGCUGGAGCACACUUUCCUCAUCCCCAACGUUGCUCUCAAGGCCGCCAUUCUCAACUGGAGCGCGGUGUCGGGCAUUUCCUCCCCGGAGGUGGUCUCUUCCUCUCGAGCUACAGAUUUGGUGGCGAGAAAAAUCGUCGAGGAGAGAAACGCAGCAGUGGCAGCAGCAGUAGCAGCCGAUGGCGAUGGCGAUGGCGAUGGCGGUGGUGGCCAGGGCCACGAUCGCGUCGCCGUUUCAUCCGCGAGGUACGUCCACUCGGCCACAGGAGCUAGCUUACGAACAGAUAUGGUGGAAUGUGGGAGAUCAUCCGUGCCCCACCCGCUCGACACGAAUCCUCGCUCGCUGGAGGAGGACGAGCGAUCCUGCGCCACCAUGGAUCCCCGCCUCGUCCCGGAUCUCGUCCGGCGAUUGAGCAGCAGCAGCAGCAGGGGCAGCAAGGAUCAAAUGCUGGCGGCCUCGCAAGUCCGGCAGCUCGCCCGCGAGGGGACUUUCAACCGCCGGACUCUCUGCCAGGCGGAUCUCCUCGAGGCGCUGGUGGCGCUCUUGCAGUCGCCACACAAGCCGCUGGUGAUCCACUCGCUGGCCGCCAUCCUCAACCUCUCGCUGGAGGUGGACAACAAGCUCAUGAUCGUGAGAGCCGGCGCGACGCCACACUUGGUCCAUGCUCUCCGCUCGAACCAGGCCGAGAUCCAGGAGCACGCCGCCGGGGCGAUCUUUAGCCUAGCGCUCCACGAAGACAAUCGCUUGGCCAUCGGCGUGCUGGGAGCGAUUCCUCCGCUCAUCGAGAUCUUACGGCCCAAGAGACCGCGGCAGCAGCAGCCUCCAUCGCCGAGAGCUCAGCAGGACGCGUCCAUGGCACUCUACCACCUCUCGCUCGCGCAGCUCAACAGGGGCAAGAUGGUCAAGGCGGGAUUGGUGCCGAUACUCUUGAGCAUAGCGGAAGAACAAGGUGGUGGAGCUCGCCACCGCGAAGAACAGGGGGCCGGGAUCCAGAGCUCGCACGAUCUGGCCAGCCGCUGUAUGUGCAUCCUCAGCUGCCUGGCCGCGAGCUCCGAUGGUAGAACAGCGCUGCUGGAGAUCAACGGGGUGCGCAGGCUCUUCGCGCUGCUGCGAAACGAGAGAAGAAACUCUCCACCAUCGCAAGGUGGCGAUGGCGAUCACGACGAGCGCGAGCUCAAGGAGCACGUAGUGGCGGUGCUCGUCCACCUCUCGAACCACAACAUUCGUUUCAAGCCGCUGGCGGCGGAGGCCCGCGGCGUGGAGGCGCUGGUGGCGCUGGUGGACAGCGGCGCCGCCACCAGUCGUGCCAAGGAGAAGAUCGUGACGCUGCUGAGCAUAUUAAAGGAUCCACCUUCCGGGGUCAACUCGCCGUCCUUUACCUCCUUGGGGGAGCCUUUCUUUCCUCGCAGCUAUGGCGGCCGGCGGCAUGGAUUGGGAGGCGGGAAGGCCGAGUCUUCGCACUUCUAGUGCUUUGGCUUGUAUUUUGACUUGUAAAGAACUGGUUUUUAUAGAGCGAUCAAUGGCAAUUGGUGUAUUUACAAAGAAAAGAAUGGAAACAAUCGUGACUUGUCAGGA